AUGGGGAUUUUUGGAAGCUCCAGGAAAAAAUACGCAACUGAAGAAGGGGUAUAUGAAGCAAUAUUAUCCGACCUGUCAUCUCUGCAAAGACCACACAUUGAGAUCGCCAUAGACGACUUAGCUUUGAUCAUGAAAGGCAAGGCGCUUUCAGCCGGUGACGGUCCAUUCGAGUUGAAGCAAAAGUUGAAUUCGGUACCAACGAUGCUCUCAAUCCUCCAGAUCAAGCGCCUUCGUAAGAAUCUCAUCUCAAUCAUUGCGGGUGGGCCGGUUGAUGACGAGCCCACGGGAAAGCAAAGGAAUGCUUCAACAAAAGCACAGCCCCGAGAACCUCUCCGAAGUCGAAGAAAGCCAGAAGCCCUGGAGUCGCUACAUACUCAAGACAGUCCAAUGACCCGAGAAAACCCAUACAGGCGAUCUAACAAACCUUCAAGCUCCCAAGGCUCCUCCAAGUAUAGUCGUUCUGAGAGCUCCCAAAGCAAGACCGGGCAUGGCUACUCCAAUCUCUUUCGGUACCCGGACAUCGAUGCUGAUCCUGCGGACUUCAGAUACCCGGACAGCCAUGAUGGUCACAACAUGGGCGCUUUAGGGAACUUGCCCAAAGGUUGGCUUCCCUUCAAGUAA